AUGUCUUCUAGAGUGAAAUAUGGCUCGGCUUUUUCCCCUGUCAUCCCUUCUAAAUCCGUCUUAAAUCAUCCUUUCUCCAUUAAAAACCUGCUCAGUCUCUGCGACGACCGACGAGGUGAAGACAACGAACAUAAUAAAAGAUUCGCCAAUCUUUCCCCUGCCAGCGAAAACACGGCAAGGAAAACACGCCCCGUGAAAGAGGGCACAGGUUUGAGUGCAGCACAAGGUAACUUCGAUCUAAACAGUGUCUGGCCGGCAUGGGUUUAUGCUACGAGAUAUUCGAGGCACGGUAUCCCUCCAGCAAACUAUGCAAACCCACGAAGGCCUCGCAAACCUAUCAAGAGACAGAAGCAACGGCCUCUUUUCUCGCCAGAACAGCUCCAAAAACUCGAAGAAGAGUUUGUCAACGAAAAAUACAUCUCCAAGUCUCGACGGUGUAAACUAGCCGCAGAAAUAAGCCUUACUGAAGCGCAAGUCAGAACAUGGUUUCAAAACAGACGAACAAGAUGGCGUAAAGAAGUACAUGAAGAGGACGACGAUCCCAGCUGGACCACGCACACUGGAAUGGCAAAAUAUGACGCUAGUGUCUUAACUGCUAACUGUAUGAUAGUACGAGGAUAUUGCUCAUCUUGAAACUGUGACUUCCACACAGAUGCAUUUACCCUCAUGAUUUUAAAGUCCUGUUAGUUACUUUUUCUCCGACAAUAACACUCGUGCAGUGCAGUAAACUGAGUAAGAAGAAUAUUUUUCAUCAAUAAAAUACAUGGCAAACCAAGGAUUUCCAGGCAAAAUGAAAGAUAGAAGACAAAAUUAUUCGACAGAUUAUGCGUGUAUUUUCGGGGUUUUUGAGCAAAUGAAAAAUCAGCUUAUAAAAUUAACUGAUGCAUUUUAGAUCGGUAAGGAAAUUUCCAGAAUGGGAAAUUAGAUUGGCAGCCGUGAUCACCAUGGAAAGCUGAUUAUCCAGGGCUGCUGGUUAAAAAUACGAGGCCUUGUACACGUAUUUCAAGGAGGCGAGUAUAUUCACUGUGGCCGUUUUAAUGAUGAAAGUUACAUUUUUUGUCACAGGACUCGGCUAUAAAACUGAAGUGCGGAAAAGCACAAUCUUAGGGAGUUCGCAUCGCACCAUCGAUGAUUUGUUUCACUCGAGUUAGUUCUUCUACCACGGUGUUAUUUCCAGACCAAUUGCUUGUCAGGUUAG